AUGGACUCGGAACUUGAGGGGUGCACUGCAACUGGUCUGGAAAUACGCAAUUGUCACAGUGGUCCGACAUCUACAAUAUGCCCGAAUUGCGGACUAGAAUUUGCGUCAAAUCUUGCUGUUGUAGAUCAUCUCAAUGAUCAGACGCAAUCUUGUUGGAACAGAGAGCCCACUUACCGCUUGCCAAUCCCUCCAGCUUUCCAACGGGGAGACAACGACCGAGAAGAAGUCACUGGCCAGUACCAUUCAAAGUCAGGCUACAUUUUUGGACGGGGACGAAAUAUCUUGCAGGAAAUGGAGGAUCACGACUUAGAUCAAAAGCGCCGCAGAGCAAUAAAUCCAUCGUACCCUUUUGUUGAUCAGGCUGAAUGGCAGCUAGCAGAGUUCCUCGUUCAACGGCUGACACAAACCGAUAUCAACAAAUUUCUGAAACUAGACUGGUUCAAAGAUAGACCCAGGCCAUCCUUCAAGAGUGCAGAUCAACUAUUUGGCUGGAUUGAUGCACUACCAAGCGGCCCAGAGUGGCGAUCAACGACACUCGAGUUUACCAACUACACAACUGCGAGGCCAAUCGAGCUAAUCUGGCGUGACGGUCUCGAAGUCGUCAAAGAUCUCUUUGCAAACCCGAUCUUUUCCAAUCAUAUGAUGUAUGAUCCUCACAUUAACAACCUUCCAGAAGGUGCCACUAUGGUACCAAUCAUCCUCGCAUCCGACAAGACGCCCGUAACCAGGAUGUCGGGAGGAUUAGAAAUGCACCCGGUGUUCCUUACGAUUGCCAAUAUUCAAUCUGAAGUUCGUAUGAAGGCCACCGCUCAUGCAUGGCGCUGUGUUGCAUUCAUUCCGAUUCCGAAGUUCGAUGUUCACGCGGAUUUCCAAACGCUCCUCCAUGCUCGCCUGUUCCACAAGUGCAUGGACAUGAUAUUCGCCAAAUGCAAGGUGGCUGCGAGGAUCGGUGAAUACAUGUCGGACUCCAUGGGUUAUAUCCGGCAUUGCUUCACUCCGCUCGUCGCAUAUACAGCUGAUCUCCCUGAGGCACAGCUCAUCGCUUGCGACCAUACGCUCAAGCUCAUCUACGACCUAUGCAAACGUGUUGAUCCAUGGAAUGUACCACUCUUCCAACGCGAAGCUAAAGCAUUGCUGCUUAGCGGCGUUCAUCAGCCAUAUUGGAGAGAUUGGCCGCAUGCAGAUCCAAGUCAUUUUUUGCCCGGCGAACUGCUUCACACCUGUCACAAAUAUUUUGGUGACCAUCCUUUAAAAUGGUGCAAGGAAGUUGUCGGGGAGGAUGAACUUGAUGCUCGCUACAAGGCUCAUCAUAAACGAGUCGGAACACGUCAUUUUGGGUCUGGUGUCUCCCACAUCAACCAGAUGACGUGCCGGGAGCAUUGUGACAUUGAACGGACCAUUGUCGCCACAGUCGCUGGUGCAGCAAACACAACUCCCGAUUUCGUCCAUGCCAUUCGUUUCCUCACCGAAUUCAUUUACCAGGCACAGAGCCCCGUGCACACUGACUCGUCCAUUGAUGCUAUGGUGCACUCCCUCCACAUGUUUCAUACGCUGAAGCAAGCGAUACUCGAUGCCGGUGCUCGGAGAGGGAAGAGUGGAACGAUUGACAACUUCCUCAUCCCAAAAAUGGAGUUGUUUCACAGCUUUGCGGGGUCCAUCAGAGAUCUCGGAGGUUUGAUACAGUACUCAGCGGAUGUUACCAGGAAUUUUACCUUACAGGUCGUCCAAAUUCUCAAUCGCGACGAAACCAUGCGGCGCUUCAAUCUUUAUACCCUUUUGCAUUCGCAUGGUACACCGCUCGUGAAUGCCAUCGCAAUCGAAGACAACAUCGUCACGGAGACAGAUCCUACUUUGGCCUGGAUAGCGCGUGUGCUUCCCGGCGAGCAGAAUCGCUUCCAUGGCCCGCGACCUGUCCGCAACCAUUUCUUGAAGGGAAUACUUUCUGUUGAAGCCAAUGCCGCAUUUCAUGUCACCAUCUCUCCUGAUCGAAAGUCACUUCCUAUCACUGAUCUGCAAUCUAUCUACUCUCUCCCAAAUUUCGGCGCAGUGCUCAUGGAAUAUAUCAAUGACUCGUCCCAGAACACCCCAACAACAGCCUGGACGUGUGCGCGAGAUUCAGUCAGGACGUGGAACAAGUUUCGUUUACAGCUACACUCUACCUUCCAGUCGCGAGUUGUGAUGCCGAGUCAAAUCGUCCAAGCGUUUCCACCAUCAGAGACCUUCCCUAUGGGCAAUUGCGACGCAGUUCUCGUGCAAUUGCCUGGCAAUGAUGAUACAUACAUUGCGCAAGUGCGUUGUGUUUUUCAAGCUAUUGCUAGGAAAGGUUACACCCUGCCCCACUAUCUUAAAGACUCGCCCCUUCUAUACGUUCAGUACUUUCAGAUCACAGCGACGCCUACUGAGGAUGCAAGCGCUGGCAUGUACCGCGUGAAACGCAUCUACCAUCAGGAUCGAACAGGUCGGAUCUUCCGACCUGGCGGCAUCAUUCCACUGACAGCCGUUACCUGUGCUGUUGAGCUGAUCCCUAUGUAUGGUUCGAAGAUGGAUCGCACGAUAAAUGCUACGAACGCAAUGGAGAUCUGUGAUGAAUACUACUUGAAUACAUUUUCGGACAAGGAGGUUUUCAAUACAAUGCACAGUGGUUUGAUGUAG